AUGACGCUCAUUGUUGUGAGUCUUUGCGAUGGAGAUGUGGUUGAUUGCGCCUUGCUUACCGAUACUUUGACCUAUGACCACCGCAACUCCUUCUCAGCACCACCUCAACAACAGUCGUUCUCAGCGCGUGCUCUGGCUGCUGGAAGAGCUUGGCGUUGAGGUGAGCCGAAAUCGGUGGAUGCGUCAGUGUGAAAGCUAGGCUCACGGUGGCUGUUGCCCCAAUCAUCCACGCAUACAUCCAGUAUGAGAUCAAGCACUACAAGCGUGGACCGGACAUGCUGGCUCCUAAGGAGCUCAAGCAAGCGCACCCUCUGGGCAAAUCCCCUUUCAUCACCGAUACGGAUCUGAGCGGAAAGGAGAUUACACUUGCGGAGAGCGGUGCCAUUGUCGGUGCGUUCGCAGCGCUCAAGGUCGGCGUCUCGCGGCUGAUUCAUUACGGUCCGGUCGCCAGAUUUCAUCAUCGAAAAGUACGGCAAGGGCGCUGCUGUGCCUGUUUCUCACGAAGACAAGCUCGAGAACAACAUGUGGUCGCACUUUGCGGAAGGUUGGUUGGUCGCGUUGGUGAUGGGAGGUGUUCUGACCUUUUAGCUCACGACGAACCUUUUACGCUGAUCAGGCUCACUCAUGCCCACGAUGGUGAUGAAGUUGAUCUUUAGCACCGUGCCCACUCAAGCACCGUUCCUCGUUCGACCCAUCGUCUCGAUUAUUUGCGGUCAAGUGUGCGGCAGGCUGGUCGAUCCCGACAUCAAGUCCAAGCUGACAUACGUAUCGGAAGCGCUCGCCAAGCGUGGAGACCCUGCCACUUCGGACAAGGAGAUUUGGUUUGCCGGAGGUGACAAGGAUGGAAAUCCCACGUCGGCAGAUUAUCAGCUCAUGUUCCCACUGGAAGCUAGCAUUGUGGGUGGAAGGGCUGCAAAUGCUCCUGCAAAUCUCAAGGCGUACGUUGAAAAGGCACAGAGAAGGCCAGCAUAUCAGGUGAGUGCAGCAUGCAGCUACGUAGAGCCAAGGAAGCGCAGCUCAUGCUUUCUGGCGCACAAUGGUACAGAGAGCACUCGCAAAGGGCGGCGAGUACGCUUACGCUGCCAAGCUGUGA